GUCCAAUUUGGUUCGGUUUAAGUAAAGCGGUACCUCUCUAUGUUCUGCGCGUCGAAACCACCAGAGAUAAAUCUCUCCAGUUGCUGUGAUCUAUUCCAACAAUUUCCAUAAUUUGUUCAUUGGAUCUGGUCUUACAUAGUCACGAAUCGCUCUGCCUUGAUUCAUUUCUUCAUCUAAAUCGAAACAGUAAAUCGCAAUUCUCGCCUCCAUCGAACUGGGUUUUUGAUCGUAUUUGCUGGUUCGGUGUCGACUGAUUUGUCUGGGUUUGUAAUUUUGAUUGUGCAAGGAGAAGAUCUGUGGUUUCUUUGGUCUCUUUGUUGUGGUGGUUACUGAUAUAAUGGCGUCUGGGACAAUGGGAGGGUUGUCUGAGGUAUAUAGUAGUGCGAAAAGGAUUCUACUGAGGGCUCGCGACGGUAUCGAUAGGUUGGAAAGGUUCGACUCUGAUCCUACCGAUCUGGCUUCCUCUGUGAAACGAGAUAUCACUGAGGUUCAAUCUCUCUGCUCCAAUAUGAACGGUCUCUGGCGCUCAAUCCCUGUUAAAUCCCAGCGUGAUCUUUGGAGAAGGAAGAGUGAACAAGUUGGGGAAGAGGCUGAGUAUUUGAACCAAAGUCUGGAAAAAUAUAUGUGGAGGAAUCAGAGGAAGAUGUUGGAAGCUAAAGAGAGAGCAGAUUUGUUAGGCAGAAGGAGCGGAGAAGGAGCUCACAUUUUGCAAAUAUUUGAUGACGAGGCUCAAGCAAUGAGCUCUGUCAAGAACUCAAAGAGAAUGCUCGAAGAGUCGUAUUCAAGUGGAGUUGCUAUCCUCUCCAAAUACGCUGAACAACGGGAUCGUUUGAAGAGGGCACAGCGUAAGGCUUUGGAUGUUCUCAACACUGUAGGGCUCUCCAAUUCUGUGUUGAGGCUAAUCGAGAGGCGCAAUCGUGUUGACACCUGGAUUAAAUACGCCGGUAUGAUCGCGACUGUUGUCAUAUUGUAUUUCUUCGUAAGAUGGACGCGUUAAACCUUACAGAGCUGAAUACACAUAUUGUAGUAUGUAGAGAGUUAAUGUGACGUGAUCUUAGGAUCAUUUGCCUUUUUAUUUUAUUUUUGUUUAUGCAUCUUACAACACAUUUACGGUAUCAAGCUUGAAAUUGUCAGUAUAGUACACGUAUUCUUGAUUUCCUUUGUGUUGAAUAUAUAUGCUCUUUGCCUGUGCAA